GUAGCGGGUCUCCGGCGGGGUAUGCCUGCUUCUUCUCAGGGAAAGAGUUUGCAGGGGCAGCCCUAGUUCUUCCGACCCUGGACGUGCCGCCUCUUCCACAGGGGGGCGUCCUUGGGCUCGAGGGCGUCGGGGUUUAAAGUGGGGCUUGGCAACGAGGAGAAAUUGCGCGGAGGCUGCCUUGCCCGCGGGGGGUUGUGCCUGGGAAGGGCUCUGCGCCUUCCCCGACGGCUCCGUGGGGCGUGUAAGAUGCCCGUGGAGGGGCGAAGAAAGGAAGGGGUUUCUUGGAGCCAGGAGGGGCUGGUGUAGGGGAAUUUGGCGCUCUCCCGCCGCGGGUCCGAAGUCCUUCGGGGUGGGUGUUUCUCGGGAGCGCUGAGGAGGGAGCCUGCGAGUCCUUUCGCUGGCUGUUCCUGGAGCGACGGGGCGAACGCGGGAGAUGAAGGGCGGGGAGCGCGAUCCCUCGCCACCGGGGAAGUUGCAGGGCGAGGUGGCUCUGAAGGAAACUCUGGAGCCCCGCUUUCCAGCCUGGCUGCCUCGUCGGCUCGGUAAAGAUGGUGUGUGAAUGUUACUGACAAGAAUACAUUUCCAAGUAAGAAAUGCUACUUGAUUUAGUUUGCAUUCCAUCCCCUUGCCCUGAAGUGAUGCUCUUUAGUAACUUCUGAGACCUCCAGAUCUUCACAACAGUGUUCUCUACACGAGAAAAACUAAUUUCUGAGCAGCUAUAUACCAAAUUGCCUCAGCACCAAGAAGACCACCAUAUAACAGAAGCUGCUGAUGCAUGAUCAGAAUGAGUGGCUUAGGAGAGAACAUCUUGGACAAUAUGAACAGUGACUCAAGAAAACGCAAACCAUUGCCCUGUGAUAUUGCAGGACCAGGUCUUGUAUGCAGUGGAGAGAAGCGGCGACGUGAACAGGAAAGCAAAUAUAUUGAAGAACUGGCUGAGCUGAUAUCUGCUAAUUUGAGUGACAUUGAUCAUUUCAAUGUCAAACCAGAUAAAUGUGCAAUUUUAAAGGAAACAGUUCGACAAAUACGUCAAAUAAAGGAACAAGGAAAAACAGCAUCUACUGAUGAUGAUGUUCAGAAGGCUGAUGUAUCUUCAACAGGACAGGGUGUUAUUGAUAAAGAUUCAUUAGGACCUCUCCUCUUACAGGCAUUAGAUGGCUUCUUAUUCGUAGUAAAUCGAGAUGGAAACAUUGUAUUUGUAUCUGAAAACGUCACUCAGUAUUUGCAGUAUAAACAAGAGGACCUGGUUAAUACCAGUGUUUACAGUAUCUUACAUGAGGAAGACCGGAAAGAUUUUCUUAAAAAUGUACCCAAAUCUGCAGUGAAUGGAGUUCCUUGGACCAAUGAAGCACCAAGACAGAAAAGUCAUACAUUUAAUUGUCGCAUGAUGGUGAAAACGUUACACGAACUUAUAGAAGAUAUAGGGAGCAGUCAGGAAUCGCGUCAGAGAUUUGAAACCAUGCAAUGUUUUGCUUUAUCACAACCAAGAGCUAUGCUAGAAGAAGGGGAAGAUUUGCAGUCCUGUAUGAUAUGCGUAGCACGUCGUAUCUCUACGAUAGAGAGGGUAUUUUCCCCAAACACAGAGAGCUUUGUUACUAGGCAUGAUCUUUCAGGUAAACUUGUUAACAUAGAUACAAACUCCUUAAGGUCCAUGAGACCGGGAUUUGAAGAUACAAUCCGCCGUUGCAUUCAGAGAUUUUUAUGCCAAAACGAAGGUCAGCCCUGGUCAAACAAGCGGCACUAUCAGGAAGCUUACAUGCAAGGCAUUGCUGAAACUCCACUCUACCGGUUCUCUUUAGCAGAUGGAACAAUAGUGACAGCACAAACAAAAAGUAAACUAUUCCGAAAUCCAGUUACCAAUGACCGUCAUGGGUUUAUCUCUACCCACUUUCUUCAAAGAGAACAAAAUGGGUAUCGACCAAAUCCUAAUACAGUGGGACAGAACAUAAGAGCAUCUACAACUAUGAGCACAAAUUCAUGUGGUGGUGUUAUGAAUAUGGUGCCUGGGCAAAAUAUACCUCUUCAAAACAGGAACUAUGGCAUGGGAGAUCCUAACAUAAUGGGGCAGAUGAGUGGUGCUAGAUAUGGAGGUCCAGGAAAUAUGGGAUCAAUGAAUUGUGGGCAAGGAAUGCAGUCUUUUCCUUAUCAGACUAAUUAUGGAUUAAAUAUCAGCAGUCCACCACAUGGCAGCCCAGGCUUGAACGCCAGUCAACCGAAUAUAAUGAUAUCACCUAGGAAUCGUGGGAGUCCAAAAGUGAAUUCACAUCAAUUUUCUCCUGUACCAGGUGUACACUCUCCAAUGGGACCUGCCAGCAAUACCAGCAGCAGCAGCAGCUUUUCGAGCAGCUCCCUUAGUGCUCUUCAGGCAAUUAGUGAGGGAGUUGGAACAACUCUCCUAUCCACCCUUUCUUCACCAGGUCCUAAACUGGACAGUUCUCCAAAUAUGAAUGUUCCUCUGCAAAGCAAAAUGGGGAGCCAGGAUUCAAAAAGCCCCCCUGGCAUAUUUUGCGAACAAAAUCAAGUGGAAAGUUCAGUGUGCCAGUCAAACAGCAGGGACUCAAACAGUAACAGAGAGAGCAAAGAGGAGAGCCUUGAAGGUGCUGAUCAGAGGGGACCAGCUGAAAGCAAAGGACAUAAAAAACUUCUUCAGUUGCUAACUUGUUCCUUGGAGGAGAGAGGGCAUCCAACCCUUUCAAAUUCUCCCUUGGACUCUAGCUGCAAAGAAUCUUCUACUACUGCUACAAGUCCUUCAUCUGGUGUUUCAUCUUCUACAUCUGGAGGAGUUUCUUCAUCAAAUAUGCAGGAGAAGCAUAAGAUUUUACACAAGUUGCUACGAAAUGGUAAUUCUCCAGCAGAAGUAGCAAAAAUCACAGCUGAAGCUACUGGUAAAGAUCCAUUUCAUGAUACUAACACAGUUUCCUGUGGAGAAGUAGUAAAACAGGAACAGAUGAGUCCUAAAAAGAAAGAGAAUCAUGCUCUGCUUAGAUACUUGCUUGAUAAGGAUGAUGGAAAAGAUCCACUGUUAAAAGACAUUAAACCUAAAAUUGAAACUGUGGACACCAAGAUGGGACAGUGUUGUAGUUCUGCCAUACCUACAUCAAGUAAUGAAAAAGAGAUGAAAAUAAAGACAGAACCCACAGAAGAGAUGAGUGGUGAUUUGGUGGAUAAUUUAGAUGCAAUUUUGGGAGAUCUAAAUAGCUCAGAUUUUUGCAAUAAUCCUGUACCUACAAAUGGAGUUAAUAUGGGAAAUAAGCCACCUCUGUGCCAAGGAAAUACACCAAUGGGUGUUAGAAGUCCCCAGCCUAGGCAGACCAGCCGCCCUCCUUUCAACAGAGCCCUGUCUUUAGAUAGUCCUGUAUCAGUGGACUCGGUCUCAUCAGUGAGAAGUGUCAGUUCAUAUUCCAUGUUACAGAAGCAAAAUAUGAUGGCUGAGAGACCAAGAAUGAUUGAAAAUCAAGAAAAUUUUGGAGCCAAUAUGGGGGUAUCUAACAGAAAUGUCUCUGUGAAUCAGCAUUCAGCAAGCGAUUGGAGUCUACAGAAUUCAAAACUGAACAGGAUGGAACCUACAGCUUCUGGUUCAAUGGCAAGGGCUGGGUCAGACUGCAGCCCUUCUCUUGCCAGGUCCUCAAUGGGAGGAUCCAUGCCUGGUUUGCCCAUGAGGUCAAAUAGUAUGCCUGGCACCAGAUCAGUGCUCCAACAGCAAAUGAUCCAUAUGAGGACAAAUGAGAUUAAUAUAGGAAUGGGAGGGAGUCCUUAUGCACAUCCAGGACCACCUAACCAGCCAAAUGUAUGGCCUGACAGCAUGGUCUCCAUGGAACAAGGACCUCAAGGUUUGCAAGACAGGCAGUUAGUUAGAAAUUCCUUGGAUGACCUGUUAUAUACUACUCCAAAUGUAGAUGGCCAAAGUGAUGAAAGAGCUCUACUAGAUCAACUGCAUACAUUGUUGAGCAAUACAGAUGUUACCAGCCUUGAAGAAAUUGAUAGAGCCUUAGGAAUUCCUGAUCUUGUAAAUCAAGGACAAGCUUUAGAAUCCAAACAUGAAGCAUUUCAUGGCCAAGAAUCUACAGUAAUGAUCGACCAGAAGCCUCCAAUAUAUGGCCAGCCCUACCAUGGGCCAGGAGCAGGAAUGCCGGGUGGUUUCAGUAACAGCAUUCAGGGCCAACAGGCAGCCUUUAACUCAAUGAUGAAUCAGAUGAACCAGCAGAACAAUUUUCCAGUGCAAGCCAUGCAUCCCAGAGCAAAUGUCAUGAGGCCCCGAACCAAUGCACCAAAGCAGCUCCGCAUGCAACUCCAACAGAGGCUUCAAGGACAGCAGUUUUUGAAUCAGACUCGUCAAGCGCUUGAUAUGAAAAUGGAGAAUACCAAUCCUGGUGGUACAUCAGUGAUGAGACCUGUUCUACCUCCCCAGAUGGGAUCACAACAGCAAGGCUUCCUUAAUGCUCAGAUGGUGGCUCAACGCAACAGGGAGUUGAUAAGUCACCAUAUCAGACAGCAAAGAAUGGCCUUGAUGAUGCAGCAGCAACAGCAACAACCUCCAGCCUUCAGUCCUCCCCCAAAUGUGACCGCCUCGGGAAGCAUCGAUGGUGCUAUUACAGGCUCUCUGAUGGCUCCUGUCCCACCCCAACAAUUUCCAUACUCUGCAAAUUAUGGAAUGAGCCAGCAACCUGAUCCUGCCUUUAGCAGGGUAUCGAGUCCUCCUCAUGCCAUGAUGGCUCAAAGAGUUGGACCCUCACAAAAUUCAAUAAUGCCACAUCCUCAGGCUUCACCAAUGUACUCGACUCCAGAGAUGAAGGGAUGGCCUUCAGGAAAUAUUUCCAGGAGCAGUUCUUUUCCACAGCAACAGUUCAGCCACCCAGGGAACCCUGCAACUUACAACAUGAUGCAUAUGAACAACAGUGGAGGUCACAUGGGCCAAAUGAGUAUCAAUACUAUGCCUAUGUCAGGAAUGGCCAUGGGUCCUGAUCAGAAAUACUGCUGACAUCUCCUGCCAUAAUCUCCUGCCAGGCUGAUGCCAUAGAUGUUGAUGAACUGUAUUACAGGAAAGUGCACAUGAGUGUCAUGUCAAACGUGUACUAGCCUUAUGGAAAAACCACUUCCUUUUCCAUGAAGAUAUCCUAAGUGACUUUAUAAGUUAUGAAGUUUGGAUGUGAUGGAUAGAAUCAAAAUAUCACUGUAUAAUGUUAAAAACAAAGGUCAAAUAUUUUGGCACUCUACCUAUAGGAACAUGACAACAACAUUUGAGUAAAUGUAAUGGGCAGACAGUUCGUGUACUAGUUCUGCUAACUAGUUAGUCAAAGCCCAUAACCACAGGCAGACCAAAGUGCCUGGAGAAAUCUUGGUAAUAAUCUUGAAUUGCAGAGUAAGAGCCUCUGACAGAAUGUACUUCUUGGCCUUGAUGUAAACAUGAAACAAAGCUCUCAACCUUCAUGCUGCUGUUAAGGUUGCUUCCACAUGUUGGAAUUCUGAUGUGCAUGUUGCAGCUCAUAUGCUGUCAGACUCCAAAUCAUGCUCUUGAUGCCAAAAGGUUAUAGGGAGGUAUGUAUAAUUAUGGCAAAGAUUUCCAUCCUGAUGUGCAGGUUUGUGCACUUUAUAAAAUGGUAUAGGGAAAUGCAAUAUGGUUAAGAAUGACUGGAUGGAAACUCUCCCCUUUUCAAGACCAUUCUAAAUUGCUGUUACCUACUGUGUUUCUAAUCAUGGUAAUUGAAGCAAUAAUCACAUUUCUUGAACUUCAUAAAACUCAAAACAAGACAUUGGAGUUUGAAACAAAACUGUUUGUGAAUAUGUUUUGUAAAUAUCUUGAGAUGUUGUAUGAUAAAUAUAUGACUUUUGUAGGUCACUAACUCAUUUUUGCAGAGUUUGUGAAGCUAACUAUUUAACAAAGAUAAUUUCUGUAAACUCAAUUUAGUUAGAGUCGUCCAAAUAGGGUUUUUUUAUUAUUAUUUAAAUGGUUUUGGAGCUGGGUAACUGUAGCCCUUGUUGUCUAUUGGUUUCUGACAAUUUCUUUAGAAAAUUAUGUACUGGCUUUUUAAGAUAUUUUGGUCAUAUUUUAGUGGUCUUAAAUUUUUCUCUACACUUCAAGUGUGCACUUUGUUACUUUUUUUUAUAGAGAGCAAUUUGUUGACAAAAAGGCUCAUUUUAGCUGUUAACAGUUUGUUGAAUUUUUAAUAUAAUCUGCUUUUUCAACAAAAGAGCCUCCACUCCAGGCCAUUUGGCUAACUUUUAAUGAAGCUCAGUGUUACUCAGAACAUGUUUUGUGUGGGUUAAAUGUCUUCUGUCAUCAGGAGGCCAAAUCUAUUAUGUAACUACUCAGAACCUUUUAUGGGUGGCAAUCAAUAUCACACCUAAUUGCAAUAUGAGCAACCAAUUUAUUUUUAAGCAGUAUGCUUCAUAUCAUUAUCUACAAUUUAAGGCUAGAAAUGCCAUAAUUUUUUCUUUCAAUUUUAUGCCAUAUAAAUUAAGGUCUAUAUUGCCUUUUUCUCCAGAAGAAAAAAAAAACACAGAAUCAGCUAUUUCAAAAGGCAGAUUAAAAUGUCUGAAGCAGUGUAGUGUGUAGUUUCAUUAUUCCUAUUACAUUUUCAAAUUAGUUCUUCCUGAAUAUGUAAACUGGUGAUUUUGAUUAUUUGUUUUGUAUUGGAAAACUUGUUUAAUUUUUGCAUUAGUUUUGCAAUUUUAUCCUAAGGGAUAGAAUUAUUUUGCUCCCCCUACUCCAAAGCUGCUGCAUUCUGAGCACACUCUGAAAUAUGACCUUCUCUGUGUAAUCCACCCAGUUAUUGUGUUUCAGUUUCUUAAGGUCGUCCUUCAAAAAGUUGAAUUUUGAUCCAGAAUUAUGUGUCUUCUGAUGUGUGUAUUUUCCCUGCAAAUGACCAGAAGCUUCCUGACCCUUUUACUUUUUAUGAAAUAUCAUUUAAUCUGUAAGUUAGAUUUAUAUUUAAAGUUUAAAUUGUGAACAGCUUUGAGUAAUUAUUUAAAGUGUAAUUCAGCUGAAACUCCACAUCUCAUCACAUAUUAAAACCCCAAUAUUAAAUAAUAGAGGAAGUAUCUUGCAUGUACUCAUAUCAAAACUUCUGGGCAUUCAAGGUGCCUCUGAAUUGAGGCAUGUCGUGUUGUGGAUCUUCUUAUUACAAUAAAAAAAAUAUCAGCUUUUCAGAAGCCACUUUCUAAUUCCUCCAGUGCAACUGCAGGGUGAAAAGCUAAAAGGCAGAUGUGUGCAAAAGAUUAUGAAUCCCAAACUAGUUUCAGGUCUGAAGGGGGGUGUUCUGACCUCCUGCAACGCAUUCCGAGUAAUACGAGAACUCUUCCUAUGAAAUUGGAACAGCCUGUUUUGCUCAAAACAUUAAGCUUUCAUCUUAAUUGAAGAGCUGGUAAAAUUCCAACUUUUAUAAGGGUUGAGGAUUUUGGUAACAGCUGUGAGUUUAGUUGCUUUGGUGAAGAUUGAUCUCCCGUGUGACAAGCUUUCUGUUGCCCUUUUUGAAUUCUGGGUGAAUUCUAUGUGUAUUUCUAAAAUCUGGUAGUACCUGCUGUCCACUGGUUCUUUUCCCAGUUGCUACUUUUUUAUUGAUUCCAACCAUUUCAGUUCUAACUUUAUUAAAUAGAAAAACAAUCACACAUUUCAAAAACUGCAUUUCUACUAAGAAGAACAUUCUAAACCAGUGUUUCUCAAUCUUGGCAGCUUUAAGAUGGGUGAGCUUCAUCUUGUCCACCCAUCUUAAAGCUGCCAGGGUUGAGAAACGCUGUUCUAAACACUGUUAAUUCCAAGUAUCAUACUUGGAAUUAAAAGUACAGGUUAAAAAGCAUUCAGUGUAUCAUCACCUUCAGCAGCUGUAGUGCUGAUUGUACAACAUUUGGAUGGCUUAUUGUGACAAGAUUAGGUGGUAUUGGUGUCUUUUUAAAUUGUCUCUGUAAUAAGCAAGUCCAUUCCCAUCCCAUCCAACAUGUUUGUUGGGGUGCAUACAUUUUUUUUCUGCUUCUCUACUCUUCGUGCUUGGUGAACAGUUUUAGAUACUUUGUGGCAAGAUACAUAAACUUUUUUCUUAUUCUUUGUGCUUUUACUUAAGUAAAACCUUCAGAUGAAACCAUUUGAAUGUUGCACAAAUUAGCAUAGAGAAUCUAGUAGCAGACUCAUGUGGCAGUAAUGAUGAAACCCUUCAGAUGAGAGCAAUAUUUCUUAUUAUCUCAGGAGAAAGGCAUACAGUAUUUAAAAUUAAUUCUAACAGGAGUUUACACUUAAAAUGACUUGUAUAUUGAUCUUUACAUCACACAAAGGCCUCCUGUGGGCACUGGCAUUUGAAACAAAGGGGGCCUGGCAUAUGGUCUUGUUUUUAUGGUUUUGUUUUGUUUGAAUGUUAAUAAUAAUAAUAAU